CAUGCCGAAUUGAAUGCCAUCAUGAACAAAAACUCAGCUGAUGUGAAAGGCUGCAGCAUGUAUGUUGCCUUAUUUCCAUGUAAUGAAUGUGCAAAGCUCAUCAUCCAGGCAGGCAUAAAGGAAGUUAUUUUUAUGUCUGACAAGUAUCAUGACACUACGGAAAUGACAGCUGCACGGCGGAUGUUUGAUUUAGCAGGUAUUAUAUACAGGGAAUUCAAGCCAAAGUGUAACAAGAUCAUCAUUGACUUUGAUUCAAUUAACAGCAGACCAAGUCAAAAGCUUCUGUGAAUUAAGUUUCAUUAAGUCUCUAGAAGACUGUGAUUAUCCUUUUCUAAAAAGCUGCUAAUGCCUUUCAUCUUGAAGUUACUUGCAACUUUUUAAUGGCUUCUGUAGCUUAAAGUAGACUUCUAAGAAAUCCAAGGCAUAAAAUGUCCCACUCACUUCAUCUUGUCAUGUGGAAUCUAAAUCUACUUAAAAUUUUUUAAUGCCUUCAUCGAAACUGCUUAAAAAGUCUAGAGACAUGUAGAUGAGACAAUAUAACGUAUGUAAAAAAAACUGUUCUGACUCCAGCUGUAUGCAUCACCGCAUGCUCUGAUAGGCUGUCAGCAUUGAUUCAGACAGUUUAAUAGUAGUACUUAUUGUAACCAGUAGAACAGUGGAAUACGCUAAUAUACGUUGAUUUCUCUGUUGGAUAUGUGGAUCUAAAGAGCUGAUUCUAAUGAAGGACAAAAAAUGUUAUCUGUGCAAAUACUAAUCUUCCAACUAGCAUAACACUAAUAUUUUAAAAAGGUUAUACAGCUUAAAGAAUGUGUGAUAUUCUGCGUGCAUUAUCCAACAAAUGAAAUACUGAUUUUUCUUUUAAUUGCUAACACUGCCAUACGUGGACAGUGAUGAGAGAGGAGGUUGUUCUGAGAAAGGUCUGUGCUAGACCGAGCUUUACAGGUGCCUUCAAGUCGUUUUUUCUGAGACUCCAGAAUUGGACGCGGUUGAGGGAGUGAAUCAUUUGCCUCUUUACCUUUGAGACUCUUAGUUGGAGUUGGUUUUCAUGUGUAGAAGUAAAUUAUUUUAUUGGUCUAAGCUGUUUCUAGACAGUCCAAUGUAGUUGGAUCUUAAAAUCAACCUAUAAGGUAACUGAAUCAUUUUUUGUCCUCUGAGAGAAAUUGGAGAUAGUCAACUCAUAUCCAUAUCUGUGCCAAAAGAGGUAAUUAUGGUGUUAGCUUGUUCCCCAGUGCUGGCGUACUACCUUCAUUUUCAUAAAUGCUGCCUAAAAUAAUAUCCUUUUUAAUUUUAUCUUGAGAUCUGGGAGUAGAUUUGAGUUCCUUUUCUCUUAAUUUGAUUUUUUUAAAAUUAAAUAUGCCUAAUGGCUUUGUAUAGAUAACAUUGGUGGUGGUUAUUUUUUUUUUUUUUAAUGUGGUUAUACUUCAAUGAGCUUUUAUUUUCUCUAUAAAAGCUUUGUUUCAUAUUUUGGGACAUUAUGUAAUUUGGCUUCAUACCAAUGUUAUUAAAGUCUUAUUAAAAUCCA